AUGGCGGAUCCCCGGGAUGCUCAACGUCCUCAGUACCCUCCUCCUCCGGACGACUCAAUCCAGGGUGGCUACUACUCACAACAAUCUCCCCAGCGUCCUCCUGCGAGGGAUGACCGGAGCCCAUAUCCUCCUCCAGAACCCGCGAGACAGCAGUAUCCAGAUCCGAGGGCGGCUCAUCCAUAUCCCCCUCCGCAGGCAUGGCCAAGUCAACAUGGUGCUUAUCCUCACUACCCAGACCCUGCGCAUCCAGCGUACGCAUAUCCCCCAAGGCCUGACCUGGGACAGCCCCCACCACCCAUGCAACCGGAUGCGUACCGCCUUCCACCAGUGUAUGCGCAUCCCCACGCAGGCUACUAUGCUUCUCCCUACCCCCCGCCUGCUCCAGCUGCUGCGCCGCGACAACGUACCGCCAUAGCCUGCAAGUACUGCCGGAAGAGAAAGAUCCGGUGCUCAGGCUAUGACAGUUCUCCGGAUGGCCGCUGUCAAAACUGCGUGCGGUUCAACCAGCAGUGCUUGUUCCAUCCUGUCUCGUCUCAGGCUGCCUUUGUCCCCGCCAACGCGGUUUAUGGACCCAAUGCUGCGCGGGCUCCCAUCGCAGGUCAACCUGAUGGUCGAGCCGGCCAAAAUGGACACCAUUAUCCCCGGGAGGGUGACCCGCCGCCAAUGCUCUAUGGUGCCCACGGCCAACCUCUAGGACCCGCUGGACCUCAUGGCCAACCCCAGUACAACUAUCCACCGCCACCGCCACCUGGUUAUCCUCCUGCGCCUUACCCCUACUCGUAUCCUCCUGCUGGACCAUCGUAUGACGCACAUGGGCAGGCUCAAGCUGCUCAGCAUGAUGAACGUGUCAGUCUUAAACGUCCCCCUCCUGAUGAUGACCCCCACAAUGAGAAUUCUCAUGCAUCCCAGUCUCCCCAUCCCAGCUCGCGUGCGCGCAACAGUACAUAUGAGUCACGCCAAAACAGCAGUGGUAGCUAUGAUUAUGCGGAUCAUACCCCCGGUGCGCCUACCUCGCCGGCUACGUCGACCAUGAGCUAUCAAUCUUUCCCUCAACAGCCGGCUCGCUAUCCCAAUGGCACUCAAUCUCAAAAGGGUAACGUGUCACCGUCUGGUCUGACGCCGCAGUCGGCGCAGAGCUACAAUUCGCCCCAUCAAGCGCCGACCUACGAUGACGGCAGGACUCCGCCGCCUAAUCAACCUGGUUCGGCAGGCUCCUCUGCCAACGGCAGAAGUGGCAUGAAGGUGCAUGAGAUGCUUGAACACACCCGGACUGCAGCUCCGGACCUACGAGGCAAGAACGACAACGAGAUGCUGAGCAAGCUGGAUGGCAAGAAAUAA